AUGAGGGCAAGCACUGUUCUUUCCUUUCGGAAUCAAACCAAGCCCAGUUCUCCCCUUUCUGAGCCCAUCCAAAGCCUGCCCGCUGUUGGCUCAGGGAUCCGGAGGUCAGCUCCGCGGCUCGGCCCUGCCCGGAGGCUCUCCCCGCCCCGGGGGCAGACCCGGGCCUGGCCCAGGUGUGUUCUCGGGCUUGCCCCGCCUCGCCCGGUGCGGCGGCAGCGGCAGCGGCAGCGGCGGGGACGGACGCGGCGCCGGGAGCUGCGACGGGAGCCGGGACACGGGCACCGGUACCGGCUGCCAGGCUCCUGCAGCGCAGGGAUGGAUGCGGAAGGUGUGAGUGAUUUCAGAGCCCUCCGAGCAAAAUUUCAGCACGACUCCAACGUGGCCAACAAGCUGGUACAGCCACAUAAGAGACCUCCCCCUGAGGUUGCACCCAAGCCAGGCUCUGCAGGGAAUGCUGUGCCCAGCCCUCUGCCCCGGAGUAAGAGCAAAGAGGUAAUACUAAAACCUAAGGAUGAAGCUGCCUCCCUCCCCUCUGCGCCCACCCAAAGCAACCCCUUGGUAUGGCCUCGAGCCAAGCUGGGUUAUGUGAAGCCAACAGGGCACAAUGAAGAGUAUAAAGGCAAUGUCUCGGAGAAAGGGCUGAGUUCUCCCAAAAAUGGUCCAGGGAAGCCUCUGCCAUCCUGUUGCACUGACCAGCAGGGAUCAGCCAAAACAGCUCCAGAGAGCCCUUCGUUCCCAAGCUCUUUCCACCAUGCCCUACAGAUUUGGGAAAACACCUUAUCGCACAGUGAGAAAGCAAAUGCAAUGCUCCCAACCCAGCAGGCAUCGAACUUGUAUGUGCACCCUCACCCGGAGCAGAGGGCAACAUGUGCUCCUGCUGAGUCAAGCAGUAGUAGGAUACAACCUUCUGGAAGCAAGCCUGUGCUGGACUUGCUGGCCCAGAAGCAGAAGGAUGCUCUGCUCAGCAGUGGGCAGGCUCUUCCCCAGGCUCCCAGGAGACACAGGACCUCUGAUGAAGCAGAUGCUGAGACGGCAGUGGCAACUGCAUUCUGCCAGCAGGGUUAUCGUGCAUCGAGAGAGCAGCCCCAGCACCAGAAAGAAUCCGAGCCCCCGUUCUUCCAGCCCAGAUCAGGAAAAUGGUCUCACAGCCCUGGGAGCAAGUGGCCAAGAAUUAAGCCUCUCCCUUCAGCUGAAUCCCUGGGUCCUGCCCCUGGGAAGCCUGCAAGACCCCCAGAGUUUGACCUCAGUGCUUUCCGAAGCACCGUGCCUUUGGUCCACAGAGGAAAUGAAACAACUGCUGACGAAGAGGAUUACUUGACCCCCGAAAGUGCUCAACUUGAAGAGCAGCAUAAUUAUGAAGAAACGGCAACUUACCUGAAUCAGUCUGGGGACACCACAACCUUGUGUGUCAUUGAAGUACCUAAGGCAGAACCUCAAGAACACAAGAAACAGAAGGCUUUUCUCUUUGCCAAAUCCAGUCCUGGAAGAGCUACAAUAGAGGAUGAAAAAGAGGGAAAAGAAAGUUUUGAAAGAGAGGAACAGGAAGCAAAGAAAAUUUUCAAGACAGGUGGAAAUGAAUAUGUAUCUCCCACUAACCGAACCAAGGAAGAUGGUGGAAGUGGGAUGAAGGCUCUGCAAGUGAAGGAGGAUGUGACCAGUACCCAGACUGCAAAGCAUCCUACCCCACAAGGGCUGGCAAAAGACAGAGCAGAGCUCUUGCGUUAUGUGUAUGUUGGUGCUCCAGAGGCAGGGAUAGAAAGAACAGCAUUGGACCAAAACACUUGGCAAUCUCUGCAGGCACCAGAGGAUAUCUAUGAUGAUGUUGAGGAAAUGCAAGAUAGACUCAGCCGUGGGUCAGACACCUCAUGUCCAUUCACUUCAGCCAGCGUUUCAGGAAACAGCUAUGAAGAAACAUAUGAAGAUGUUGAGAUUGGGGGUGAUAAUCCAGCAAAAGUGGAAACAAAAAACCAAAAGAGAUUUGGAAACUUGUUUAAGAUAGAAAAGUUGAAGCUGAAGAAUACCAGGUUCAAGGAAAACUUAAAGUUGUUUUCCAUUUCGGUACCAAAUUUAGGGGCUGUUUCCCAGGAGGACAUGGUGUAUGAUGAUGUUGAGGUGGGGCAGAGAGAGCCAAGAGAGAAGGAUGCCAAGUACAAACCCUGGAUGCCAAAAUUUCUGAUGGCGAAAGAGGACAAGGACCAAAGGAAAAGCAGUGGUGAUGUGGAAAGAAAGAUCUUCAAAGUCAAGAAAAGCAGUGGAGAAAAAAGCAAGAAGAUGGGAAAAGAAGAGAAGUCUUUUAGAGAAACAUUUAUGUAUGAUAAGGAGAUCAAUGUCAUCAGCACAGCCACUGCUGAGUGCUCAGUCCGCAGUCAGAGAAGAGUUGAUCUCCCAGUCACAGCUGGAGAACAGCUGGACAUUAUCGAUGUCACGGAGGGUGAUGCAGUGAUUUGCCGCAAUUCAGAGGGCAGAUACGGGUAUGUUCUAGUGGAGCACUUGAACUUCAGAUACUGCUAACUGAGAGCUGCUGCCCCAGGAGCAUCCCUGAAGGUCUCUAUGUGCUUCCUGUGUCCAUGCGAUCCCACAUUGAUCAGCUGUGGAGUGAUGAUGCACAUGUAAAUAAAGCUUUAUUUUUCACACUUUUA